CGAUAAAAGCCUAGGCGAGAGCUUUCAGCAAGGGGACAGAGUCUCUCGGCAAGGAGAAUAUACAACCCGAACACUGUUGGACUUUGGAUUGCUUUGGACCAGGAUAUUGAUAUCGAACAUUUGUAUUUCUAUAUCCGAAUUUGGCGCUUUAUCUGUUCAAUUUUUGGAUAUUUGUUAAGUUCCAUAACAUUGCGUAGCUGGUGCAUGUGCAUUUUAAAGUGCAUCUACCCCCUAAAGCCGUGCCCAAUGCCGAGGAAUGGAUAGUGUGUCUGAUAAAGGUGGAAAGAUGGUCGAGAGUGAUGAGCAGUCGGAGAGGGAUAGUGGCGGUGGCGCAGCGAUGGCCGCGCUACACCAAUGCGAACUCAUCCAGAACAUGAUUGAAAUCUCCAUCUCCAGUUUACAGGGGCUCCGGACCAAAUGCGCCGCGUCCAAUGACCUCACACAGCAAGAGAUACGUACUUUAGAGGUGAAGCUGAUGAAGUACAUCUGUAAGCAGCUGCAGUGUAAGCAGAAAGUGCCAGAGACAGAGAGGCCUCAGGCCUUGGACAGUUACCCACGGCUGGGGGACUGGCUGCGCACCAUCAACCUGAGACCUGAGCUCAUUGAGGCAGUGCCCUUGAAACUGUCCCUGGAUGCCUUGCUGCAGAUGCCAGGUUCUCAGGUGCAGGAGACUGUGAGGAGACUGGGCUCCACUUCAGAGGAGUGUGCCAGGCUCACCGCUGCCCUCUCCUGCCUGAAGAGUGCCACUGAAUCAGAUGGGGAGCUGAGAGAGGAUGGGGGACUCUGGUUCUCUGAGCCCACCCGGCGAGACAGUGGCUCUCUGCUGCUGCCUCCCGACCAGCUGGUGGGGGGUCCGAUGCGCCCCCAUAGCCCCUCUCCCCUAGCUCGACCCCCCACCACCCCGUCCACUCCCCCCACCCCCUGCACCGCCUGUGCCCAAACCCGGUUCGGCUCCGUGUCUGCAAUGCCCGGUCCCGAGGCCCAUGGGGCGUACAUUUACGCUGACAGCCCCUUCACAGACCCCUUCCCCCUCUCCGCCGCCCAUCAGGGGCGACUCUAUGGCCACACCUCCACCCCGCCCAUCACCCCGCCCUCCAAGAGGCGCCACAGGCUGAAGCCCCCAUGCACCCCGCCGCCGCCCUCCCGCAAGGUGAUGCACCUCCUGCCCAACAUCACCCUGACCCGCAGCAAGAGUCACGAGUCCCAGCUGGGGAAUCGCAUCGAGGAGCCGCCCACCAACAAGUGUGCAAAGCAGAAUAAGUUGUUCCUCAACGUUCAGAUCAAUGGGAAUGGCUGUGAGGACUCACCCUCCCGUUCCCCCCACCUCUCUGCCCGCACUCCCGGGGCUUCAACCCCUGCCCCCGCCACUGCCCCCUACACCCUACCUGGCACCCCUACCCUGAUGGAGGAGCAUUCAUCCCACCUCAAGAAUAACAUGGGGUUGCGCCGCGGCUCCCCACAGGCAGUGAGGAGAGACAUAGGCCUGGCCGUCACCCACAGGUUUUCCACCAAGUCGUGGCUGUCCCAGACGUGUCAGGUGUGUCAGAAGAACAUGAUGUUUGGGGUGAAGUGUAAACACUGCAGGUUAAAGUGCCAUAAUAAGUGUACUAAAGAAUCUCCCUCCUGCAGAAUCUCCUUUCUGCCAAUCACCAAAAUCCGGAGGACUGAGUCUGUGCCAUCUGACAUCAACAACCCUGUGGACCGGCCUUUGGAAGCACCGCAGUUUGGCACACUACCAAAGGCCAUCACCAAAAAGGAUCACCCUCCUGUGCUGAACCAGUUGGACUCCAGCAGUAACCCGUCCUCCACCACCUCCUCCACACCCUCCUCCCCUGCCCCCUUCCAGAACCCUCCCAGUGCCACCCCGCCCCCCAACCCCUCGCCCAAGAUCCACCGGGAAAACCGCUUCCACUUCCCAGCUGCCUGCUACUUUCAGCAUAGACAGCAGUUUAUCUUCCCUGAUGUGUCCAGUUCCACUACUUUGCACUCUGAAGCCCUCCAAGACACAGUUGAGACUGAACCAGCAGAUGACAUGCACGUUGAACUGGCUGAGGAUGAGGGCGGAGAGGAGGAAGAGGAGGAGGAGGAGGUUGAACCUGAGAUAGACCCAGAUCCAGUAGAGGAGGAGGAGGAUGAUGAUGAUGAUGAGGAAGAUGACGAUGACGAUGGGAGUGGGAUGAAUGGUGGUUCGGACGGUGAGUGUGAUGGUGAUGAGUUGGAUGACCUGCCCAGUUCACGGGGUGGUCGCUGGAAAGGCCCCAUCUCCCGUAAGGCCAGCCAGACCAGCGUCUACCUGCAGGAGUGGGACAUUCCUUUCGAACAGCUGGACCUGGGAGAGCUCAUUGGGAAGGGCCGUUGGGGCAAGGUGCAUAAGGGGCGUUGGCAUGGCGAAGUGGCUAUCCGGCUGCUGGAGAUAGAUGGGAACAACCAGGACCACCUGAAGCUGUUUAAGAAGGAGGUGAUGAACUACAGACAGACCCGUCACGAGAACGUGGUCCUCUUCAUGGGGGCCUGCAUGGCCCCGCCCCACCUCGCCAUCAUCACCAGUUUCUGUAAAGGGAGGACUCUAUACUCUGUGGUUCGGGACACCAAAAACACACUGGAUAUAAACAAGACGAGGCAAAUCGCUCAAGAAAUUGUAAAGGGAAUGGGCUACCUGCAUGCCAAAGGCAUUGUCCACAAGGACUUGAAGUCAAAGAACGUCUUUCAUGACACCAAUAAAGUGAUUAUUACAGACUUCGGCCUGUUUGGGAUCUCUGGAGUGGUUCAGGAGGGGAGGCGAGACAACGAGCUGAAGCUUCCACAUGGCUGGAUCUGUUACCUGGCGCCAGAGAUCGUACGCAGGAUGAGCCCUGGAAACAACGAGGACCGCCUGCCCUUCUCCAACGCUGCAGACGUCUAUGCCUUUGGCACCAUUUGGUACGAGCUCCAAGCCAGGGACUGGCCUAUCAUCAACCAGCCUGUGGAGGCUACCAUCUGGCAGGUGGGGAGUGGUGAGGGCAUCAAGAAGGUCCUGGCAGAGAUCAACCUGGGCAAGGAGGUCACGGAAAUCCUGUCUGCCUGCUGGGCCUACGACCUGAGGGAGCGGCCCACCUUCACCCAACUGGCAGACAUGCUGGAGAAGCUGCCCAAACUCAACCGGAGACUGUCCCACCCUGGACACUUCUGGAAGUCUGCAGAGUACGUAUCCUAGAGGUGUAGGACAUGCCUGCCCGCCCUGCCAUGCACUCUGACCCCUAACUGGGUCUGACUCAUCUGGAAUGGACUUGUGUAUGAAACAAAGAGGUUCAGCUGAAGGCAUGUAAAGGAUGGCCCCCAGAUUGCUGUGUGGUUUUAGGGCCACUGAUGUCAAACUGAUGGAGACUAGGCAGGGGAUGACCGAGUUGACUCUUGGUCGUAGUUUAUUGUCAUGAACCACAUACCCUCUUGACGGUCCAUUACAGAUACGUUGACCACUGUAAUAUGAGUGACUGUGGUUUCUAAUGGUGAAGCAUUUAGAAAUUAACCAUUAUAUGUGACGCUAAGGGAAUUUUCUGUUUUAUCUUCUGUUUCCCAAACUUUCUCCUCCAGGAUGUGACUGUGAGUGCACUUUUCUGUUUAAAAGCAUUGUCCCUCCCUUUCCUGGACAUUUUCCUGACCUGCUCUGUACCCAUACACCUCCCCACCCCUUUAUUCUCAUAUGUUAGGUGUACAGUACCUGGUCCAGAUUUGUCUCUGCACCUUCACUCAUCUCCUGCCAUCUCUCUCCUGCUCGCGCUCUGUAACUUCCUCAUUCGCUACAUACUGCACGUCUGUCACUCAAAGGCUCAUGGGUGGAGUCUUCUCUACACAUGAAUUACUUGUCCAGUAACAGCCUCUACCAAUUUAACAACUCUCUGCUAGUGGAGCUAGCUACUGGUCUUAUGUUUGUUUUCAAACAAGAUGUCCUUUGCCAACACUAUCAGUAAUGAUGCCCCAACAAAUUGAGCAUGUAUAGCAUGCCAGAGCUUGAAUGGGAAGAGAAGAGCUUACCAGUUUGCAUGGUGUUUGCAAUGGUCUGUUGGGACACUGCAUGGGCUUGUAAAUCCUGAAAGAGGUUUUUGUGAUGAGAAGGCUCAUUUGAGAUUCCUGUGGUGCAGAAAUCUGGGCCCUUGUUGAAGUUGAAGUAUUUACCUGUUUCUUCUACUGCACCGGUCUUCUUCUCAAAUCAUUCUCUUAAUUUUAACCUGUUAUUAUAUUUUCACUAACAGCCUCUAACCUCCAUGUUUCAUUUGUUCUCUCUCUCUCUGUUUUCUCUCUUCCUAAUAUAGGUUGUAGCCGUCACUAUGAAAUAUAAGCAAUGCAAAACAAACAAAGCCUGGGUCUGCCUUGCAUGCUCCUGAAAUCCUUCACUUUUAGGAUUGAUCAAAGCAUUGACUCUGCCUGAUACAGACACGGCUUCCACUAACCCACAGCCUGAUCUUCCAUGUCUAUUAAACUGUAGUGUCUGGUUGUGUGGGAGAGAAGGGUGCAGGACUGAGGAGCCCGCGGGUAGUGCUUCGCUACCUCCCCUCAACUUUCCUUCCUUCGUCUCAAAACAUAUUGCCUUCAUUUUUUUCUACUGUUGCUUUUUGGACUAUCUGGGGCUUGUGAAUAACUGGCUUGUGGUGUCUGUUCUGAGACUGACCGGUGUGCUCUGGUAUGAGCCCGGUAGCUGACGGCUGCUCUGCUGCGCUCUGCUCCAUCUGCAUCCUGCCCUACUCUCCCUCCUCUCUGUGCUGCUGUGAUAUGGUUCUUCCUACUGGGGGCUCCCAGACGAUGCAACCCAGACACUUGCUGGACCAAAACAAUGUUUGUAACUCCUAUCCUAAAUAGACCACUGCAUUCACUCCCUCCUCUUUUCUCAUUGUGGUCUUGAAGCUUCGGGCUGCUUGAGUGAUGUAAUCCAACUGCCUCUUGACUCUUACCCUUCAGCUCUCUGCAGUGUUUUGAUGACAUGCACUGCGACACGGUCACCGUGCUGCCCUCUGUCUGCCUCCUGCACAUGACCUGUACACAUUAUUUCAACAGGAGAAAAAAUGAUAAGAUACAAACUUUUACUUUUAGUUGCUGGUUCCUAUUUUGAGUAAUAAUUUUCAGUGUUUAUGUUUUUGUUCCAUGAAGUUUGAAAGGACAAAGGUCUCAGGAGUUGCGAGAGCAUGAUUGAAUUGACUCAUGUCUCUGUGUUGCUUGUCUGAGUAGAAUCUUAUGAAACCAUACAUUUGAAAACAGCUCAUUGCAUAAAUGAAGAAUGAAUCUGUUGAAACCACAGCUAAGAGGUGUCAACAUGCAAUGUGAUCUUCCUCUCAUCUCACUACACACUGGGAAUGGAAUCAUGUUGGUUAUUUAGGACUGAAAGUAUUUGAUAAUGAAGCGAGUGCCCUGAUUAUUAAAAUGCAUAAGAGGGAGCCACAGAGAAGCAGGGAUGUCUUCUCUCAGCCUGGGAGCGCUAUAGAGAGGUAUAUCAAGUCAAGUAGUAUAGUAGAUUAAUUUACAGCACCCAAAAAAUAGAACAGGAACCUGGCACAAAAGUGUCGUAUAAUUUACUCCUUAAACAUGAUCACAUGUGCUUGUGUGUAUUCCGUUAGUGAUGGUCAGCUUCAGUUGGUUUGCUUGUAUUAGUGUGUUUGUGAGUGUAAGUGAGUGUAUUGUAUUGGAACAUAUAGGGUUGAUUUAGUGAAAGACUGCAGUAAAUGUAUUUAUGAUAUCAAUGGUAUGUAAGAUAUACAUGUAGAUACAUUAUUUAAUGUACAGCUAAUUAACUUUUAAUAUUUGUACAAACAUUUUAUAUGUACAAUACAUCGCAUUUUGAAAUAGGUACUGCUCCCCUAUUACAGAUGUAUAUAUCUUUAUAUUUUUUCAUGUACAAAUACUGUAAAAAUACUGUACAUUUCUUUUUGAAUGGGUCAAUUCAUGUUUUUUAUGUCAUGUAAAAAUUCAUAUUUUUGUAUUGCAUGUGGUUACCAUUCUGUGAACACAGUUUCUGUUUUCAUCCUUGAAAAAAAAAUAAAGCUUGUCAUAAUUUGUUUGA